AUGGCUGCCACAAUUUCUCAAAUUUUUUAUGGCACUUUGAUACAUUCACUGUCACUUACUGAACUUGAAUUCAUUCACAAUGCUCUUUUGGGUGUCGACAAUCAGGGCAAAAUUGCCUUCUUAGAACGUAAUGUUUCAAACGAGCAAACUUUACGCGAUAUUAUAAAGAAAUGGAGAACUACUGAAGAUAAAGUCGUUCGUUUAACCAAUCGACAAUUUUUAUUACCCGGCUUUGUAGAUACUCAUACGCAUGCACCACAAUAUCCAAAUGCAGGCAUUGGUAUGGAUUUACCUUUGCUUGACUGGCUUAACAAAUAUACUUUUCCUUUGGAACAAUCAUUCUCAUCAACCAAAUUUGCCGAGAAAAUAUAUCCAAUUGUUGUUAAUCAUUUAUUACGUUGUGGUACGACUACGGCAGUUUACUUUGCAACCAUUCAUCUAGAGUCUAGCAAAAUUUUAGCUAAGGUAGUUCAACAAAAAGGUCAAAGAGGGUUCAUCGGUAAAGUGAAUAUGGAUUGUAAUAGUACCGAAACUUAUGUUGAAACAAUGGAAUCUAGUGUGAAAGAUACAGAGCAAUUUGUGGAAUACGUGUUAAGUCUGAAAAAUGAAUCUACAGAUGAGUCUAGUCUUGUUACACCAAUCAUAACGCCACGAUUUGCAAUUAGUUGCACAUCUAAACUUAUGAAUUCUCUUGGUGAAAUCGCCAAGAAACAUAAAAUUCCAAUCCAAUCUCACCUUUCAGAGAACACAGCAGAGGUUGCCACUGUAAAUGAAUUAUUUCCACAUCAUGCAGAUUACACUACAGUCUAUGAUCAUCAUAAGCUUUUAAAUCAUCGAACCAUAAUGGCACAUUGUAUCCAUUUAUCUCCCCAAGAGCGUAAGCUUAUCAAAGAACGUAACGUUGGAAUUUCACAUUGUCCAAAUUCAAAUUUUGCGCUUUGUUCUGGUGUAUGUAAUGUUCGUCAAUUGCUUGAUGAAGGUAUCAAAGUUGGCUUGGGUACAGAUAUAAGCGGAGGUUUUUCCAAAUCAAUUUUAGAUUCUAUACGAAAUGCUAGUAUUGCUAGUCGAGUGAUUUAUAUUUCAUCAAAGACAAAUGAUAAAGUCUAUCCACACCUCACACUUCCAGAACUAACGUACCUAGCAACUAUGGGUGGAGCACAACUCGUAAAUCUUGAAGAUGUGAUUGGAAACUUUACAGUUGGAAAGGAAUUUGAUGCACUAUUGAUUGAUUCAGAAGCGGAAGGAUCAUCUAUGCAGAUAUUUGAUGACAUUGAUACUAUUGAUAGGAUAUUUGAAAAAUUUAUGUUUCUUGGAGACGAACGAAACAUUAAAGCUGUAUUUGUUAAAGGACGUAAGGUGUCUGGCACAGAUAUUACAAACCUUGAAGCAAAUAGUUAUAAUGAUUACUCAUAUAUGAAUUAA